AUGGACGCUCUUUCUGAAGCAAAUGGCACCUUUGCCAUCCAGCUUUUAAAGAUACUGUGUCAAGACAACCCUUCACACAACGUGUUCUAUUCUCCUGUGAGCAUCUCCUCAGCCCUGGCCAUGGUCUUCCUGGGGGCAAAAGGAAACACUGCUGCCCAGAUGGCCCAGGUGCUUUCAUUAAGCACAGAGAAAGACAUUCAUCAGAGUUUCCAGUCACUUCUUGCUGAAGUGAACAAACCUGGCACCAAGUACUUGCUCAGAACGGCCAACAGGCUCUUUGGAGAAAAGACUUGUGAAUUCCUCUCGACCUUUAAGGAAUCCUGUCUUCGGUUCUACCAUGCUGAGCUGGAGCAGCUUUCCUUUGCCAGUGCUGCGGAGCAGUGCAGGAAACACAUCAACACUUGGGUCUCAAAAAAGACUGAAGGUAAAAUUCGAGAAUUAUUGCCAAGUAACUCAAUCAAUGCAAACACCAGGCUGGUUCUUGUCAAUGCCAUCUACUUCAAAGGAAGGUGGAAUGAACAGUUCAACAAAAUGUACACAAGGGAAAUGCCUUUUAAAAUAAACCAGAAGGAGCAAAAGCCAGUGCAGAUGAUGUUUCAGGAAGCUACGUUUAAGCUUGCCUAUAUUAAAGAGGUGCAGACCCAGGUCCUGGAGCUGCCCUACGAGGGUGAGGAGCUGAGCAUGGUCAUUCUGCUGCCGGACGACAACGUGGAUCUAAGCUUGGUGGAAAAAAAUCUCACUUUGGAGAAAUUCAGAGCCUGGACCAAGCCAGGCCGUAUGCAGAGCACCGAAGUAGAAGUUUUCCUUCCGAGAUUUCAACUGGAAGAGGAUUAUGACAUGGAAUCUGUGCUCCGGGGUCUGGGAAUGGUUGAUGCCUUUCAGGAGGACGAGGCUGACUUUUCAGCAAUGUCAGGCGAGAGAGAUCUCUAUCUGUCCAAGUUUGUGCACAAGAGUUUUGUGGAGGUGAACGAGGAAGGCACGGAGGCUGCGGCCGCCUCAGCCAUCUUGGUUGUGGAGUGUUGCAUGGAUUCUGGCCCCACGUUCUGCGCCGACCACCCCUUCCUUUUCUUCAUUAGGCAUAAUGCGGCCAACACUAUUCUGUUCUGUGGCAGGUUUUCCUCUCCGUAA